AUGCGUGCCAUCCCAUCCGCCGUGUUCCGUUAUUGUCUCCGUCCGUCCAUCCGACUCCCCCGUUUGUGUCCGUCUGCUUCCCUACCAUCCGUCUCUCCAUUGCCGGCCGUUCUUUCCCUUCGCCAUAACGACACCUUACGCCAACGGCGCGAUUUUGACGGCCAGUCACGCCAUCUAACGGUUGGCGCCGCGUAUGGCGCCGUCAGCGGGGCUGCGUCGUUCGCUGUGCGGCGUGGUGGUGGUGUCCGUCGUGCUCCUGCUGCUGCUCCCUUCCGUGCGUCGCGCGACGACGACCUUCAAGAGCACUCCGUCUUUCGCGCGCGGCGAGUUCCAGUCCUGCAGCGGAUGACAGCUCAACCGCCUCCCGGAGGUCCGCCGCUUCUUCGAGGUGAGCGUGUGGAGGCCAAUGCGUACGAGUCGUUGACCAUCAACUACAUCCACGGCAAGGUGCCAGAUUUGGUGCUCUUCGACUCGGCCAACAGGGAGGUGGCUCGCUACGAUGUCUCGGUCAAAACGUUUGAUGAGAUUGAAAAGCUCGUGCAGUCUUUGGGGUUUAAGCCCGGUGGUAAGAUAGCGCCGCCACUGGAAGAAGACAAUGAUGUUGCCGUUGAGUAG